AUGAAUCACGCCUCGGAUAAUCACACUCAGCUCCCUCUGAAACGCAAACAGAGCCAGAAUGUGGACAUCACCGUAUCAAGCGCGUCAUCGGUAGCCGGCACUGAUAGUGCUGCCGACGAAGCGUCUCACACCUCCGCUCACGAUGUUCACGACUCGCAAACAGUUGAGGGCGAAAUUAAGCCUGCCAAGAAAAGGAAAGGUACAGGCAAGAAAGGGACUUCGUCUGGUACAAAGGUAAAAGCUCCAGCGAGGAGACUACCCUCCAAGCCUUGGCCUGAGGAAAUCAAGCAUCUAUCGCAGACCCAUCGUGCGCUGAAUUUGGUCUACACCUUUUGUUGCACGCGUAAACACUUUAUUACGACAUUUGAAAAUAUCAAGAAUGCGGUUCAGGCACAACUGGGUCAGGGUCGUGAGCUCACGAUAGAGGAUGUGGCUCGGGUGAAGGUCUUGGUGCCGUUAGCUGUGCGAUUCGAAUAUGUCGACGAAGCUCGACUUGAGAUCAUGACAGUUGGGGAUAGAGAAAGUGCGGACUAUGAGUCUCGCGCUGGUGCGGGCAUGAUAUCUGCUUCUGAGAUCGCGAAUUACACCGGUGAUGACGACAAUUUUGUUCGGAAUGUUCUCCUGUUCGAGUUUGUGGAUGGUGACUUGAAGCGCGAGGUCAGAAAUCCAAAGACAGGGGAGCCAUCGAAACCUUUUCGCCGAAUGAGGGACGAGGAUCUUAAGAUGCCGGUCUUCAGUCAGAAACAGAUGCUUGGUUUAAUUGAGAAGAGAAACACCAAGUUCACCGAUGCGAUUGAUGCUUUCCUUGUGCGCUGUGAAGAUCAAGGGCUAGACCCGGUCCAAACGCUGGAGGAAGAGAAGGCUGCAUUUAUCCCGACGCCACCGGCGAGUGAGGUGAACACUCCUGCCUUCGCAAAGCCUCCAGCAACAAUACCGAAAGAACGCGAAAGUAUCGCAGAAAUCAUUGCUCAGAUUCGUGAAAUGGAGUGGUAUCACGCUCAAAUCGUGCCGGAAGGACACCGAGUUUUCGAUGCUCAGUCACCGGUCUACGGAGAUUUGUCGUUUCAGCUAUCUCAGGAGCUUGUUGAUGCGCUCUACAACACCAAGGGCAUCACUCAGCUUUACUCCCAUCAAGCCGAAGCCAUCAAUUACUUGUAUGAGGGCCAUAAUGUGAUUGUCUCAACCUCGACUAGCUCGGGGAAAUCGCUCAUUUACCAAAUACCCAUGCUUCACGAGCUACAGAAAGACCCUGACAGCCGUGGCAUGUAUAUAUUUCCUACCAAGGCUCUGGCACAGGACCAACGGCGCAGCAUGACAGAUCUGCUACAGUUCAUGGAUGGAUUGCAGCAAAUCAUGGUGGAAACCUUCGACGGCGACACGCCAAUGGGGAGUCGAAAUCUGAUUCGUGAUGAGGCUCGUAUCAUUUUCACUAAUCCUGAUAUGCUACAUAUCACCAUCCUUCCUCAGGAAAGCGCGUGGCGCACGUUCUUGAAGAACUUGAAAUUCGUGGUGGUGGAUGAAUUGCACGUCUACAACGGCCUGUUCGGUUCGCAUGUGGCCUACAUCAUGCGGCGACUUCGACGCAUCUGUGCUGCAGUUGGCAACCGCCAUGUCAAGUUCAUAUCAUGCUCUGCAACGGUCGCAAAUCCAGAGCAGCACAUGAAAUCCAUCUUUGGGGUCAAGGACGUGAAGCUCGUAGAUUUUGACGGCUCUCCAUCUGGUCGCAAGGAGUUUAUCUGCUGGAACACCCCCUUCAAAGAUCCUGCUGACCCAAGCUCAGGACGCGGUGACAGCGUUGCUGAGACUGCUCGGUUGGUUUGUCAAUUGAUACUACGUGGUGUACGCGUGAUUGCGUUCUGUCGCGUCAGGCGGCUUUGUGAAACACUCUUGAAGGCUGUUCGCAACGAGUUUCAAACCCUGGAAAGACCUGAAGUCGGCCAAAUGGUCAUGGGUUACCGAGGUGGGUACAGUCCACAGGAUCGACGGCGCAUCGAAAAAGAGAUGUUUGACGGUAAAUUGAUGGGUAUCGUGGCCACCAACGCAUUGGAACUGGGCGUCGAUAUCGGCUCUCUGGAUGCAGUGGUCACCCUUGGCUUUCCAUACUCAAUUUCCAAUCUACGGCAGCAAAGUGGUCGUGCAGGUCGAAGAAACAAGGACUCUCUCUCCGUCCUGGUCGGUGACCGAUACCCUACGGAUCAGCAUUAUAUGCAAAACCCGGAUGAGAUUUUCACGCGGCCAAACUGCGAGCUGCAGAUUGACCUGACUAAUGAGCUGAUCCAAGAGGGCCAUAUUCAAUGUGCCGCCUUUGAAAUGCCUAUCCGGCCAGACGAAGAUCAUGUUUACUUUGGCGAACAGCUCUUUGCCCUCGCAGCCACUCGGCUGAUCAAAGAUAGCAUGGGCUUUUAUCAUUGUCAUGAUCGCUUUCGGCCUCAGCCAUCCCGAUGUGUGAGCAUCCGUGACACUGAAGACACGCAUUUCGCCGUCAUUGACACGACCAACAAUCGCAAUGUCGUUUUGGAGGAAGUUGAAGCCUCGCGCGCGUUCUUUACAAUCUAUGAAGGAGGUAUUUUUCUUCAUCAAGGUCAGACAUUCAUUGUCAAGGAACUCAACGUCGAACGCCAUCUUGCGCGGGUCUUGCGGGUGCAUGUCGACUGGAGCACAAUGCAGCGAGACUAUACAGACAUUGACCCGAUCGAGACCGAAGCCAUGCGUCUGGUUGGCAAUGGUCCUGACGCCUGCCGAGCCUUCUUCGGUGCGGUGCAGAUACAUGCGGUUGUAUAUGGCUUCUUCAAGAUCGACAAGCGCGGUCGGCUCCUUGACGCAGUGGCAGUCGACAACCCUCCCAUCGAUCUCUUCACCAAGGGCAUGUGGCUUAACGUUCCAACACGUGCGAUUGAGAUUCUCGAGUCACGCAGACUCAACGUUGCAGCUGCUAUUCACGCCGCCGAGCAUGGAGUCCUCUCACUGCUUCCUUCUUUCGUGAUCUCGUCAGCCGGCGACGUCCGAACAGAGUGUAAGAUUGCGCAAAAGGAGCUCGGCAAGGGACUUCGCCGCGCCAACGAGUUGGGCAAGUCUCGACAGGAGCUCGAGAAACAAAUCCAACCGCCCUCGAGGCAACGUCCUGCCCGCUUGACUUUCUACGAUGCAAAGGGUGGGUCUUGCGGGUCUGGGAUCGCGAGCAAGGCUUUUGAAUUCAUCGGGUUGCUGCUCAGACGGGCGGUCGCUCGUAUUGAAGCAUGUCCUUGUCUCUCGCCUCAGGGUUGCAUUGAAUGUGUUUGCGAUGAGAGAUGCAAGGACAUGAAUACGGUCAUGAGCAAGGCAGGGGCGGGCGUCAUUCUUCGAUGUUUACUGGGAUGGGAAGUUGACGUGGAUGCUCUUCCCUGGGGCGAGGAUGUUGAGGUUGUAGAUCCAGGUACGGCUGGCAGCCGUGAGUUGGCUGGAGGGUGGGAGACAGUGGUGAAGGCCAGGGAUGUUCCUUGGAAACGAGGAUGCGAGCCGGCAGAGAGUGCGGACUCGUGA